AUGAUCACUGGUACUAUUGAAAUAUUUGUUCAUCUAAGUGAAUUUAGAAAUAUCGAUUUGUUUCAUUAAGGAGUUUAUCAAUUAAAAACGUCAAUAUUUUAAAAGAAUUAAAAUCAAACCUAAGGUGAGGCAUCAUAUGCUUAACCAUAUAUGAGUGUGGAAAAGAAAAAAUUUAUUCCAAAUCAAGCUAUUGAUACAGUAGUUGAGUAACACAAACUAUUAGACACAGACUUUUACAGCAAGGCAUUUAUCAUUAAAUAUUGCGAUUAAGUAGUUGAUUUAAAUGAAGGAUGUGUAUUUAGAAUUGAAGUAUAAGCAUAUCCAGAAAUGGAUCCUCAUAAUAUAUAUUGUGUUACAGAACUUUUGUUUUGUGAACCUAGUGUUAUAACAUAAGAGGAUUUUAAAAUAGUAUGAUAACAUUUGAUUUUAGGAUAAAUUGUAACAAUAUCAAAAAUGUGUAGCAAAAUUUCAGAGUCGAUUACACAAUAUAAAAUUGAUUAAAGAAUUUGUAUCUUGCCAAUUUGAUGAAUAACAUUUCUGCUAGUUGAAAUUAACAGUUCAUUCAGUUUUAGUUGAUUUUAAAUAUCAUUAAAACAAUCUAAGUAUUGAAUAAUUUAUGAGUAAAAUAACUAACAAAUGUAAUUCAAGAAUUAUAACAAUUAGUUAUAUCAAAUCUUGUAUUUGACUUCUACGCAGGUUAUAAUAAAAUAUUAUUAUAAAUCCAUGAAUAACUCUAAAAUUAUUAUUUACAAGUUAUCAAGUAAUGUAUAUCAGAUGAACAUAUAAAAAAUAAAUACAGUUAAUUAUAAUAUAUAAACAAGUCAUUAAAUUAUAAAGAGUUAUAUGAAUACAGUUCAAGAAUGGAUGAAUUGAAAAACAAUGUUUAACUUUAGGAAGAAUUAUGUAAUUAAUUAUUCUUGGAAAUAAAGCAUAUAUCAUCUAAAAUAUUUAUGGUUUGGUAUUAGUUUAUAGAUGCUCAUAAUUUUAUGGCUUAAUCUUUGACAAAAACGUUAGAAUAAGAAUAUAUUUAAAAAUUAAAAGAGAGAUGGGGUGAAAGUAUUUUCUAACAUGUUUAAACAGUUGAUGAUUUAUCUUAAUAGGAUGCUUAAUUAGGAAAGAAUCACAAAAUAAUGGCAAAGCAAUAUAGAAAUAAUAAUUAUUAUAAAUAAUUAGAACCAUUAAAUAUAGAAGAUCUAGAUUUAUUUCCAGAAGCUAAGAUUCAUCCAAUAGUAUUUAGGGAUGUGUCAAGAAAACAAGAAGUUUAACAGAAAUAGGUGAAAGGACUUCAUUUAUUCGUAUUUGUUCACGGAUAUUAAGGAAACUCAUAUGAUAUGAGAUUAUGGAGGAAUAAUCUGGCAAUUAGAUAUCCUGAUCAUUUAUCAUUAAUAUCAAAAUGUAAUGAAGAUAACACUGAUUAAGAUAUUAUGGUUAUGGGUGAAAAAUUGGCUUUAGAAAUAAAGAGAUGGAUUAAAGAAUGGUGUCCAAAGGAGAAUUUCUCUAAAUUAUCUUUUAUUGGACAUUCUUUGGGAGGUUUAAUAAUCAGAGCAGCAUUACCUUAUUUGAGUAAAUACAAAGAGAAAAUGUUUACAUAUUUAUCAUUAGGGAGUCCACAUUUAAGUUAUACAUUAUCAUCAAGCAAAGUCGUUGAUACAGGAUUAUGGCUUAUAAGAAAAUGGAAAAAAUGUGUUUGUUUAAAUUAAUUAACUUUGAAUGAUUCUUCAAACCCUUUAGAAACUUGUCUCUAUAAAUUAUCUUUAUAUGAAGGUUUAGGAUGGUUUACUAAUAUUGCUUUAAUGAGUUCUUAUUAAGACACUUAUAGUCCUUUUGAAUCAGCUAGAAUUUAAAGACCAAAAGGCAAUAACAAAGAUGUCAUGAUUAUUAAUAAAAUGAUCGAUAAUAUUAUGAAAAAUAUUCCAAAUUAAAAAAUUGAUAGAUUAGAUGUUAAUUAUGAAUAAGUUGGAAAGUAUUUAUAAUUUAAAAUUCAUAGAUCUUUAGAUACAAUGAUUGGAAGAGCUGCUCAUAUUGCUUUCAUUGAUAAUAGUGCAUUAAUUAAAUUGUCUAUAUAUAGUUUUGAUGAAUUAUUUGAUUGA